AUGACAAUCUCUACAAAGACCUCCCUUGAAGACUAUAUGAUUAAGGAAAUAAACCCUAAGCCAUGUAGGGAUGAUAGACACAAGAAGAUAAUGAAUGCCCUAGCUCAUGGCCUCUUGGAUAAACCCUUGGAUGAUGCAUUAACAAAGUCCAAUUUCUUUUUUACUAAACUAAAUCGCCUCUUCGCUCUCUUCUUUCCAAUCCCAUAUACAAAGUCGAAAUCUCAACCACGAACCAAGCUUUUCGCUUCAAGUUCACUGCCAAUCUCAGAUCUGUUAGUAUAUUACUCGAUUCAUAUUGCUUUCAGGAGUUUAUUGGAUGAAUUUCAAGUGAAACGAAAAUUCAAGUCUAGCAUUGGUUAA